ACUGCAACUGAAUUCGUGUGAGGUGUACAGAAACGUGUCGCAGCGGUAAUGCGGUUAGAUGUGCAGCCGGCUGGUGGCUGCCCGGUUGGCCGGUGAGGUGGCACGGGUCGCCUGGUGCAGCUGCUGCGGGGUUAGGGAGAGCAGCCGCUGUGGCCACAUUAAAAACUGCAUCACUGUUUUUUGUGACAACUGUAGAUCAGCGAGCCAUCAGCUCCCCCUCUCCCUCGUUUCAGGGAUUUGUAGUCCUUAGCGUAGGGAACGCCGCCGCGUGUUGGAGGCCUUUGCGGGAGUGAAACUACAGUUCCCUCAGAGCUGCUCGGAGGUGUUAGUUGUCAAUAUGGCUGUUGUCAGACAGACAAAGCAGAGAGGCAAAUAAUUCGCCUCUGAUUAGAAAUCCUUGGAAAAGGGUCGGACAGGGCACUGUUCCCAGCUGCUUCAUUGCUCGGCUGCAGUAAACGACACCGCGCCGCUUUGCUUCCGUUACAAAGUUAAAUGGUUAAGUGGACGAUUUGAACCCGAGCAGCAGCAGCAGGAUGUCUGAGUUCAGCGAGGAGCCGCGCUUCACUAUUGAGCAGAUAGAUCUGCUGCAGCGGCUGCGUCGCACCGGCAUGACCAAGCAGGAGAUCCUGCAUGCGCUCGACACUCUGGACCGGCUGGACCGGGAGCACGGCGACAAGUUUGGCCGCCGCACCUCUUCCUCCUCCUCCUCCUCGUCCUCCUACGGCGUAGGCGGGGCCAACAGCUGCACCAACAACUCUGCCUCUAAUACUACUACUACCACGUCAUUCAACAAUAACAACACUGCCUCGGCAACCACCACCUCUUCAGCGUCAUGCAAUGGCGGCGGCAUCAACAGUGGCGGUGAGGGUGGAGCCACCGAUCACGCCGCCGCUGCCUCCUCUUCAACGACCUCCAAAAUCUCCACAGCCACGCAGACGCAGUUCAACAGCGCCGGGGGGCUCUCGCUGUCUCCCAGCAACAGCUACGACACGUCCCCGCCUCCAGGGCCGCCGCCGCCCUCUGCCAUCCUGCCGUCCCCGGUCUCGCUGGUGGCCCUGACACAGAACGGCCGCGACAGUCUAGCUGCCACCCCCAACGGAAAACUGUCUCCGCCACGAUAUCCGGUGAACAGCGCUGCAGCGACGCGAGCGUUCGGGUUUGAAUCUACAGAGGAAGAUCUGGAUAUCGAUGAUAAGGUGGAGGAGCUGAUGAGGAGGGACAGCAGUCUGGUGAAAGAGGAGAUCAAAGCCUUCCUGGGGAACAGGAGGAUCUCUCAGGCAGUGGUGGCACAAGUUACCGGCAUCAGUCAGAGCAGGAUCUCCCAUUGGCUGCUGCAGCACGGCUCCGACCUGAGCGAGCAGAAGAAGAGGGCUUUCUACCGCUGGUACACGCUGGAGAAAACCACACCAGGUGCCACUCUGAACAUGCGACCAGCUCCGUUACCUCUGGAGGAAAUGGAGUGGAGGCAAACCCCGCCCCCCCUCACCACCGCCCCCGGCACCUUCCGCCUGCGUCGGGGAAGCCGCUUCACUUGGAGAAAAGAGUGCCUGGCUGUGAUGGAGAGCUACUUCAACGACAACCAGUAUCCAGAUGAGGCCAAAAGGGAGGAGAUAGCAAACGCCUGCAAUGCUGUUAUCCAGAAACCAGGGAAGAAGCUGUCUGAUCUGGAGAGGGUCACUUCUCUGAAAGUUUACAACUGGUUUGCCAAUCGUCGCAAAGAGAUCAAGAGACGUGCCAACAUUGAAGCCACAAUCCUGGAGAGCCACGGGAUAGACGUCCAGAGUCCAGGGGGACACUCCAACAGCGACGACAUCGACGGGAACGACUUCUCGGAGCAGGCCUGUGACCUCCCCUAUUUUGACAAAAGACCUCUCAGCCGACCUUUUGGCCUUUAUCGCCUGGAGCCCACCUCGCCCACACAGGACGACAGCGCAGCGCACAGCGAGCACCAGGACCCCAUCUCUCUGGCUGUGGAGAUGGCUGCCGUCAACCACACCAUCCUGGCCCUGUCCAGAACCGGAGGGGGGCCCAACGACAUCAAGACGGAGUCCCUGGAGGACGAAUGAACUGCACAGGACCUGGGAUGGAGGAAGGGGACGAGAGAAGGGGGAGUGUAAUAGAUGGAGUUGGGGGACUGAAAAGAGACCAAAGUAAUGCUACUUAGUAAAGCUUCAUCAUCUGCUCCUCAGCCAGCCCCUUACCAACUCUCCCUUCUCUCCUGGCCUCCCCCUUCCUCUUCCCUCCUCAGAGUAAUCCUUGUCAACAGUAAUUACCCCCAACCCCGCUCCACCUUACUCCAUAUAUUGACACAGCUGGCAGAAAUGGGUGACUGUAGGCCCUGUGAUCUCUGUGGAAAUGAGCCACAGAAGAAAAGGCGGCUCCUGCAAACCCCUCUAAACGGCGGCUCUUGUCCGGGAGUGUGAACUCUCUCUUCCCCUCAGUACAGGAUACCUCUUCUUUCCUUACCUCGUCCUUGCUCCCCUUCUACUUCCCUCUCCAGCCUGGUCGUCUGAGCCGAUCCUCAGUCUUAUCUCACCUCAACGUCAACCUCAGAAAA